ACGAGACAACGGUGAUCAUGGUGAGCGCAAGCAGUGUCGUGGCGCAUCUUGUGAAAUUGCUGGUGACUGCAAUGUGUAUGGGACAUCUCGCUGAGCCCUACCGGGUGAAAGCCUUGCCGAUCACGUGGUCCUUGCGUGCCUUUCGAAUCCUCUUCAUGCACUCGAUUUUGGGAAUUUUCAGAUUUGGAGUACCAUUUACUUCAUCAUCGACACCUACAGCAAGAUGCUUUCGAAGUUUUUACGAUUGGUUUUCCAGUAUCAUUGAAAUUGUUCCUUUAGCAUUGUUGACAUCUGGCAUAUUAAGCGCAUAUCAGAUUGAUGAAAAAAUUCGUACGUUGUUAUUGUUUCUUGGUACAAUACCAGUAUUUUUUCCACUAGCGAUAAAACAGAAGGAAAGCCAAAUCAGGAAACUACGUUUCUUGACGAAUAUUACUGUCGUGCUGCAGAUUUUGGCGAUAAUGAUACUCGGCUUAAAAAAUGGUAAUUACAAUGUCAUUAGUUUAGUCGCUUCCUAUACUUUUGAACGUUUUUUUGUGGAAGAAUUUUGUUAUCGAUACAGUAUUCCGUAUACCGAUCUGAUGCAGUAUUGCAUAUGCUUUGUGGAAGUUUUUACGGUAUCAACGCUGAAGGAAUUAUAGAAAAAUAUGAGACUUUAAUUUAUCUGUCAUCUAUUUCAAGCAACUGUUAUUAAAAAUUUAAGGUUCUUGAUUAGUUGUU